GUUUUGAACUCAAAACAAAGUAAAAACAAACAAAACAAGAAAAUACCCUUUUUGUUUCUCUACCUCAAGCUUCCAUUUUUUUUUUCUCUUCCUUGUGGUUCAAAGGUUUGAUUUUUUUCUUGUUUUUCCAUUCAUUCAUCACUUUUGUCAAGUACCCUUUUCUUGUUUCUUGUCCAUUUGUACUUUUGUGAUGUUUUCUUUGAUUUUGAAGCUUGAUACAGAUAGAAAUGAACAAUCUUGAUGUAAAAAAUUGUGUAGUUACAUCAUAUAUGUGAAAAGUCUUUUUUUUUUUCCUUUUUUUGUGUUCUUUUUGAGUUUUAAGAAGAUGGGUGUGUUGCAACUUUGUGUGAUCUUUUUGUUUCUUGGGAUUUGCUUACAAGCUCAAUCUCAAAAUCCCCAGAACUUGAUAUGUAAUCCAAAAGAUUUUAAAGCUCUGGAGGGUUUUGUGAAGAGUUUAGAGACAGUUCUUGAUUUCUGGGAUUUGGGGAAUUCUACAAAUUGUUGUAAUUUGGUAGGUGUUACUUGUGAUUCUGGGAGGGUCGUGAAGUUGGAGCUUGGGAAAAGAAGGUUAAAUGGGAAACUUUCUGAAUCUUUAGGUAAUUUGGAUAAGCUAAGAACCCUUAAUCUGUCUCAUAAUUUCCUCAAAGGACCUGUUCCUUUUACACUGUUGCAUUUGUCUAAAUUGGAAGUAUUGGACUUGAGCAAUAAUGAUUUCUUUGGAUUGUUUCCUAGUGGCAUGAACUUGCCUUUGCUUCAAGUUUUCAAUAUAUCUGAUAAUUCCUUUGAAGGACCAGUUCCUAUGGGUAUCUGUGAAAAUUCAACUAGAGUUUCUGUUAUUAAGAUGGGGGUUAAUUAUUUUAAUGGUAGUCUUCCAGUAGGAAUUGGGAAUUGUGGUUCAUUAGAGCUUUUUUGCCUAGGCUCUAACCUUCUUUCUGGUAGUUUGCCUGAUGAACUGUUUAAGCUACCAAGAUUGACUGUAUUGUCUCUACAAGAGAAUCGAAUCUCGGGACAGCUUAGCAGUCAGAUUGGUAAUCUGUCUAGUUUGGUUCAUUUGGAUAUUUGUUCAAAUGGAUUUUCAGGAAACAUUCCAGAUGUGUUUGAUAGAUUAGGGAAUUUAACAUAUUUGUCAGCUCAUUCAAAUAGAUUCUUUGGUAAUAUACCAACUUCAUUGGCAAAUUCUGGGACUGUUAGUUCUCUUAGUUUGAGAAAUAAUUCUUUAGGGGGUAUCAUAGAGCUUAAUUGUUCAGCAAUGGUUAGUCUUGUUUCGCUUGAUCUGGCUACAAACGGGUUCCGUGGGUUAGUUCCUGAUUAUCUUCCUAACUGUCAAAGGUUGCAAACUAUCAAUCUGGCUAGAAACUCUUUCACUGGACAACUGCCGGAAAGUUUCAAGAAUUUUCAUAGUCUUUCAUCCCUUUCUGUCUCGAACAACAGUAUGCAUAAUAUUGAUGCUGCUCUCAGAAUUUUACAGCAUUGCAAGAACUUGUCUACGUUGGUCCUUACUCUGAAUUUUCGGGAUGAGGUUUUGCCUACUGAUCCUAGCCUGCAGUUUAGUGAGCUGAAAGCUCUCAUUAUUGCCAAUUGCAGACUCACUGGAGUUGUUCCUCAGUGGUUGAGAAAUAGCUCAAAACUGCAACUGUUGGACUUGUCAUGGAACCGUUUGACGGGAACACUUCCACCUUGGAUUGGAGAUUUCCAGUUUCUAUUCUAUCUGGAUUUUUCCAACAACUCGUUUACCGGGGAGAUUCCAAAAGAAAUUACCGGAUUGGAGAGCCUAAUCUCUGGCCCUGUCUCAAUGAAUGAGCCAUCACCAGACUUUCCCUUUUUCUUGAAAAGAAAUGUAAGUGUUAGAGGGUUGCAGUAUAAUCAGAUUUUUAGCUUCCCUCCAACACUGGAACUAGGUAACAACUUUCUCACUGGAGCAAUUUUGCCGGAAUUUGGGAAUCUGAAAAGGUUACAUGUUUUGGAUCUAAAAAGCAACAACUUAUCUGGGACAAUACCAAGUAGCCUGUCUGGUAUGGCGAGCGUAGAGAAUUUGGAUCUAUCCCACAACAAUCUGAUUGGCAACAUACCCUCCUCUUUAGUCCAAUGCAGCUUUAUGUCAAAGUUCAGUGUUGCUUAUAACAAGCUCUCAGGGGAAAUUCCUACUGGAGGUCAGUUCCCAACAUUUCCAACAUCAAGUUUCGAGGGAAACCAAGGACUCUGCGGUGAACAUGGUAACCCCUGUCAAAAUGGCAGCCAAGUUCCUCGUGACUCGGUCAAAGGAAAGAGGCGCAAAGGAACUGUCAUUGGCAUGGGUAUUGGUAUUGGUCUUGGAACAAUUUUUCUUCUUGCUCUCAUGUACUUGAUUGUUAUACGGGCAAGCAGUCGAAAAGUAGUUGAUCAGGAAAAGGAGUUGGAUGCUUCUAACAGGGAACUGGAGGACUUAGGCUCAAGUCUGGUGAUAUUUUUCCAUAACAAGGAGAAUACUAAAGAGAUGUGUCUUGAUGACCUUUUGAAAUGUACAGACAACUUUGAUCAAUCAAAUAUUGUUGGAUGUGGGGGCUUCGGCUUGGUCUACAAGGCCAUUCUUCGUGAUGGUAGGAAAGUUGCCAUCAAGCGGCUUUCAGGUGACUACGGGCAGAUGGAACGAGAAUUCCAAGCUGAAGUUGAAUCGCUUUCAAGAGCUCAGCAUCCAAAUCUUGUUCAUCUCCAAGGAUAUUGCAAGUACAGGACUGACCGGCUUCUAAUUUAUUCCUACAUGGAGAAUGGAAGCUUGGAUUAUUGGCUGCACGAGAAAGUUGACGGACCUGCUUUAUUGGACUGGGAUCUGAGACUUCAGAUUGCUCAAGGGGCUGCAAGAGGACUUGCAUACUUGCACCUAGCGUGCGAUCCUCAUAUCUUGCACCGAGAUAUAAAGUCUAGUAACAUUCUUCUUGACGAAAACUUCGAAGCUCACUUAGCUGAUUUCGGUCUUGCAAGGAUUAUUCGGCCCUACGACACUCAUGUGACCACUGAUGUUGUCGGAACAUUAGGCUAUAUACCUCCUGAAUAUGGUCAAGCUUCCGUUGCUACCUAUAAAGGGGACGUGUAUAGCUUUGGUGUGGUUCUUUUGGAGCUUCUAACAUGCAAAAGACCGAUGGAUCCGUGCAAGCCUAGAGCAAGCAGAGAUUUAAUCUCUUGGGUGAUCCAAAUGAAGAAACAGAAGAGGGAAACUGAAGUCUUUGAUCCUCUGAUAUAUGACAAGCAGCACGCGAAGGAAAUGUUAUUGGUCCUUGAAAUUGCUUGCCUUUGUUUGCAUGAAUCACCUAAAAUAAGGCCUUCUUCGCAGCAGUUAGUUACUUGGCUCGACAACAUAAACACACCACCUGAUGUUCAUGUGUUUUAGAGGAAAACUUGUUGUCGAUAACUUAUAUUUUCAGCGGAUGUCCUGCACAUAUAGCAGUGUAUUCUGGUGUAAAUGGUUGUAUCUUAUCCCUAUUUGUAUCUUCCUGGAAUUGAAGAAUAUAUACUAUGUUUCUUCUCAAACAUGUACAAAUAACAUUGUGAAUUUUGGAUGUGACUUUAU